AUGGUGGUUGGACAGCGGUCGCCGAUGGGCCGGUACCCCUCGACGGGCUCUCAGGUCGUCUCCGAAUUCUAGACCGCGCAAAGCCACCACACGUAGAAAGAACCCAAUUUCUAGUUUGGUGUGUGCUUUCUGCCUCUCCUUUUUUCUGGGAUCUUGACCGUCGCCAUGUGCCGUUUGUUAAUGGCAUGGUACCGGGCGGUGCCCGACCCAUCUCUGAUCACAUGACUCCCUCGCCCUGCCUCUUAUCGAGUGACAGCAGUUGUUCGGUUAGCCUUAGUUGCUGUUUCUCACGUUAGGUCAAUGGUAAGUACGAGGAAUAUACCGUUGUGCGUCGUUCUCUUUGAGGUCCUCUCCGAGUUGUGAGAAGAGCCUCAACCGCUCCCCCGAAGACAUCGGAACAAGUAUAUGUACUGCUGUAGAGCGGCGCUCUUUUUUUUUUCCGCUGCCCGCACACUCCCUCUGCCAGAUACCACCUACCAUCCGAAGACAUCGGAAGAAGUAUAUGUACUGCUGUAGAGCGCCGCUCAUUUUUUUUUUCUGCUGCCCGCACACUCCCUCUGCCAGAUAGCACGUACCAUCUACAGUAGUAAGAAUAACAGAUGAAGUGACCACCACGUUGCUUUCGCGAUUUUCAGGUGUGAGCCCUUCUGGAACACGUGAACCUGGAAGGCAGGGUACUCGAUUGCUGUGGUGCCGCCCAAGACGCAGUCUACACCGUCCUGAGUUCACACCGUCUUAUAUGCAGCUCUUGUAGGACACCCGCCAUGCCCCGAACGACAACCAGCAAGAGGGUCCGAGCGACAGCCACCAAGUAGCCACCCCACGACCCGUCCACGGCAGACGGGCCGUCCACAUACAUGAAGCGGUCCCCUGGACAAGCGGUAUUCGGUGCCGGGUUCACCGUGUCGUCCAGAUUGACGUUGUAGCAUGCCCUGAAUACGCGCAGUUACAAGCAAAAAUCACGUCAAACGGCGCCCGUUAACUGUAUGUAUGUGUUGUGCACUUAACGGCGUGGCUCAACUGGCAGGGAUCCACGUCAAUCUACUCGUGUGCAAAAAUUGGAGGAUCUGCACGUUGCCGUGUUCCAACAAGCCUUGCCUUUUGGCGCUGGGAUAUGAGACUCAUGGAUCUCCUUAAGGCUAUUCCGAUCCAAGUACUGUUGGUGUAUACUUAGCUACCAUGGUCAUCGUCCUCUACCCAACGCACGUUGUUUGUGUCUAGGCCGUGGGGGAAGGAGAACAACUUGAACGUACAAGUAGAAAGCAAGGACGUUCCGUU